GAACUUCUAACAUCACAACGCAUUCAAAAUGUUCAAAUUGUUCGCUGUUUGCUUCUUGGCUUUGUUUGCCGUCGCUUUUGGUGCUGCUAAACCCGCCUGGUUGGCUGCUGCUCCCGUUGCCUAUACAGCUCCUGCUGUGGCUUAUACCGGUGCUGUUCCUGCUGUCGCUGCUGCUUACACUGCUGGCUAUGUGGCUCCCUAUGCUAGCACCUACAAUGCCCACACUGUCGCCCACACAGCUGCCUUCCCUGCCGCCUAUGCUGCUGCACCUGUUGUAGCUGCUACCCCAGCCGCUUAUGCUGCCGCUCCCGUUGUUACCGUCUUCAAGAAGUAA